GGCGCUGGCUCGGAGUUCUGCGGCGGCCGCUUCAGCUGCUGAGGGACGGCGAGAGAGCGAAAGCUGCUUCACGGCGCUCCCGUUGCCCGCUGUGCGAGCGGGGUCCCGCCCCCCUAAAGCUGACCAGCGAUUCCAGUCAGAAGCCCCCGGUUGCCUUUGUUCUCUGAUGCCAUGCCAGCACCAACUCAGCUAUUGCUCCCAUUAAUUCGCAACUGUGAGAUUGGCAGGAUAUACAAUACUGCAUGUUACUGUCACCACAAACAUCUGUGUUGCUUGUCACCUCAUUUAACGCAUAGUCACUUAAGAUAUGCCCCGCAGAAGAAGCUUGCAACGCUUUGUAGGCCAAAAGAGAACUUCACUCAGUUUAUUCAUGCCAGAAACUAUGUCUCCACACCACAGAGAUUUUACCUCACCCCUCCACAAGUCAACAGCAUACUGAAGGCAAAUGAAUACAGCUUUAAAGUUCCAGAAUUUGAUGGCAAAAACUUAAGUUCUAUCCUUGGCUUUGAUAGCAACCAGCUUCCAGCUAACGCUCCAAUAGAAGACCGAAGAAGUGCAGCGACUUGCUUACAAACAAGAGGAAUGCUUCUUGGUGUCUUUGAUGGCCAUGCAGGAUGUGCAUGUGCACAGGCUGUCAGCGAAAGACUUUUUUAUUACAUAGCUGUUUCUCUGUUACCCCAUGAGACUUUACUUGAAAUAGAAAAUGCGGUAGAGAGUGGCAGAGCCCUGUUACCUAUUUUACAGUGGCACAAGCACCCCAAUGAUUAUUUCAGUAAGGAAGCCUCCAAACUGUAUUUUAACAGUCUACGAACAUAUUGGCAGGAACUCAUUGAUCUCAACACUGGGGAAACAACGGAUGUAAAAGAGGCUUUAAUUAAUGCCUUUAAGAGACUUGACAAUGAUAUUUCUUUGGAAGCUCAAGUAGGAGACCCAAAUUCUUUUCUUAAUUAUCUGGUUCUGCGUGUAGCCUUUUCUGGUGCAACUGCCUGUGUGGCUCACGUAGAUGGGGUUGAUUUGCACAUUGCUAACACUGGUGACAGCAGAGCCAUGCUUGGUGUCCAAGAAGAAGAUGGAUCGUGGUCUGCUGUGGCAUUGUCCUUUGAUCAUAAUGCACAGAAUGAAAGAGAGGUGGAGCGAGUUAAAAUGGAGCAUCCAAAGUCUGAAGAAAAGAGUGCUGUAAAACAAGAUCGGUUACUAGGCUUACUGAUGCCUUUCAGAGCUUUUGGAGAUGUCAAAUUUAAAUGGAGCAUUGACCUUCAGAAGAGAGUGAUAGAGUCAGGUCCAGAUCAACUCAAUGACAAUGAGUAUACAAAGUUCAUACCACCAAAUUACCAUACACCUCCUUACCUCACAGCAGAGCCAGAGGUUAUACAUCAUAAACUAAGGCCUCAGGACAAAUUCUUGAUACUGGCGACAGAUGGCUUGUGGGAAACCAUGCACAGGCAAGAUGUGGUUAGAAUUGUAGGUGAAUACCUAACAGGUGUUCAUCAUCAACAACCAAUAGCUGUCGGAGGUUACAAGGUAACUCUGGGACAGAUGCAUGGCCUCUUAACAGAAAGGAGAGCUCGCGUUUCUUCAGCCUUUGAAGAUCAGAAUGCAGCAACUCAUUUGAUACGCCACGCUGUUGGGAAUAAUGAGUUUGGCACUGUUGAUCAUGAACGGCUGUCCAAGAUGCUCAGUCUUCCAGAAGAGUUGGCACGGAUGUACAGGGAUGACAUCACAAUUAUUGUUGUGCAGUUCAAUUCCCAUGUUAUAGGUGCAUGUCAGAAUGAGGAGUUCUGAUUCUGAACUGAGGUGUUGAACCAAAGUUUUCAAAGAACAACCUGGCCAGUACUGCAUCUUCAGCAUAGUAAAACUUAUUCAGUUAAUAUCUGGUCAUUGGCAUUGUAGAGGGAGCAAGUAUGCUAAUAACAGUUUGCAAUAGGGGACAUUGGUCAAAAGUUUAUAAAUUAUCAGGAGAACAGAACAACUUGGGACAAAUUUGCACUAUUCUUGCUUGAGCAGUGGCUUGUAAUAGGUUACUGUAUGGCAAUGUUCUAUAGGGCAAAAAAAUCCUUAUGUUUUUCACAUGUAAAUAUAUGUUAGCAAUUUCGAUAGCUAUAUGGAACAUUGGAUGGUUUCUUGUUGUAAAACAAUUCACGUAGGGCUGAGGAUUUUUAUAUUUACGGAAUAACUGGUGUCUUCUCUUCAGGAAAGGAAAGAAACUUUUUAACAAGCUGACAAAUACUUUUAUUUUCCCUUUGGGUGGUGAAAAAUCACAGUUGAAGCAUACCUAGAAUACCAGUGUUAAAUGUAGAUGUCUUUAAGUCAUAAAUACCUUAAGCCUGUCCACAAGUAUUGGAAAUGCAAUAAUAUUUUGCUUUGAAUGACUUGCCUGCUCCUUAUAUUGGCAAGACUUCAUGCGUUUGCACAGUUCAAGAACAACAGAUGAUCACUGAAGAUCGGUUAACUAGGGGAUAGAACUAUCUUUAAAACCUUUGGCUUGCAUUAUGAAGCUGUGAUUCGUUUUCUUAAUCUUUAGACUGUCUUGCAAAAUACCACACUGUUAGCAAGUACCAAACCUGUUUCUUCUCAUUAGGCUGUGCUCCUUCUUGAAUCUAGGCAGUCAGUUGUCAUUUUGUAAAGUAGUGCAGUCUCAUGCUUUGUAGUUUGAAAUAAAGUUUGGUCUUGUGUUCUGGAUGUUUUAAGUAUCACGAGGUGAAAACUUGUCCAUAUAUCUUGGUUCCUAUGGAGACUGUUGAAGAGUGUAAUAAGACUCACAAAUAGGUAAAGUUGGCAUGCUGUAUGUUUAACCCUCCCUAGUAACACUGCAUCAUCAAUGGAAACGUUCAUCAGAAUUCCAUGACUAGUGUGUACAUUUGCUUACUUCUAAAAUUCAUGGACAUAGAAGGAAUCGGCUUUCCUGCAUAAAAGCUUCAGUGUUCUGUGGGUCUUUCGGUCAUGCUUAUGAUUGAUUCUUCAGCUGCCGUGUUCUAAAGAAUCAGUUGUCUUGGCAAUAUGGGUGUUUUUAAACAAAGUGAAGGAAUACUUGUUUGCAAACACAGAAAUAUCUGAAGCACUUGUUUUAGCACUAAUACUCUAUUUGCUUUUUUAAGCACUGAAAUUCAUACUUUAUAAGUAACAAAUGUGGAAAUACAGGUAACAGGUAAUCACAUGCUUCCUGACUGAAGGUGGUAUUGAUACUUUAUACACUUAUGUGCAUCUGAAUAAAGCUAACCUCAGAAUAUCAGAGUCUUUGAAGGCUACCUUCUACCUACUAUCUUAAUGGUGGCCUUUCCAUUCUCUGUCCAAGAAGCUUAAUUAUUCAGCUAUCUUUAGCUCACAUUUUCCAGACACUCCCAGAAUGUUCACAUUACUGUUAGUAAAAAAUCUCAUCUGUAGCAGCUUCAUUGUUUAUUGCCUUUGUCGAUGGAAUAUAGCUAAAUAUCAUUAAGUGAAAUCUUUUUUGUAUGCUGUCUAUAAAACAAACUGUUACAUUAUCUAGACUUCCUUUUUUACACCAGAAAUGUACAAUAUAUAUUGUAUAUCUCAUUUGGGUUUGGUAUAAAAAUGAAUUGGACUCUAGUCCUAUAAGUUCAGCACUUAGGGGGGCUAACUUUGUAAAAUGAAAGAACAAAACGAUGGGAUUUAAAUGAUGCAUUAUUUAUAGACUCUCUAACUAGGUAUGCUAUUGAAAUGGUAUUGUGGCUUUCUGAACAUCAAA